AGGUAUUGAAUCGAUUAUAUUUCAAAUAAAUAGUUGUUUCCGACAACUAUCGUUAUCUGUAAUAAAAACGAUUCAGUACCUUUAGAUACGGUAUUUCCUAACUCCAUGCCAGUACCGUUGUGACCGAGGAAGCGACGAAACCCACGUGAAAAAAUCGAAAAUAGUUUCAUGUCAAAAAUCUCAGUGUACGUGUCGCAGCAACAUGUGAACUGAUUGAUAAAAUUAAUCGGCAGUCGGACUUAAAUUAGUGUGCGAAAAUGGGGUGUGUUAAAUUCCUAGUGACUGUUUUAUUGGUGGUUAAAUCGGUAAAUUGUAAUCAAACGAGUGAAUCUGCGGCGACGACUGAAGGCAAACCGACGAGUCCGGGGAAAAUUCACUUGAACCAAGAAGCAGUUUCGCCACAAAUUGACGGUUUCUCGGGACAAUACAUCACCUCCGGACCGAUAGUUUUGGUCAACAACAAGGAGUUGUUCAUAUCAAAUGUGAAAUUCAACAACGACGGUUUGAACGCCGUCCUGUCCGUGGGAGAUGACGAUUGUAUCGUACGAAAAACAAUAUUCACGUUGGAUUCGUACGACGGCCACAAUUUGAUUGUCGACAGCUCACAGGUAUUGAAAAAGGAUGACACGCUUUGCGUUUACUCCGACAAGGAGAACAGGACUCUUGCCCAGGUGCGAAUCACCGAAGACGUACCUAAUUUAUUUAAUAAGACUGAAUACAAAACAAUACUGAGACUUCCCAAAUGUUGCCCAUUUGGCGAGGAGAUAUCGACAGAGGGCUGCGUAAAAAAAAGUACUGAUUCUAGUUUUAAUAUAACAAUAGAUGUGCUGGACCACAACACCACACAUCUUAAUCUGGAUCCCUUGAACACAACAGACUUCGCAUUUAUCCCUUACGUUUACAACUACCAAUCCUGUGACAAUCAAUUUGGACUAUCCGAGGAGGACAUUUAUCAUUUACUAAAAAAUGGAUCAUUGAUCGUAAAAACAAUUAACAAGCGUGCAUUGUCACAUGGGAAAUUUUGUUUUGACCAAUUCGAAGGUACAGAAAUCAUAAUCAUUUGCCAUAAUGUGCAGUCAGCUUCAGCUUCUGUCUUCAGCAAGUGGUAUGUUCCAGUUUUGUGCGUAUCAUUUUUCUGUUUUGUGGUUGUGGCUGGAGUGUAUUACUACUUUUUGUACGACACGAAACAUAUUCAUAAACAAAUUUUUAGUAUUUAUUCAGUAGUUAUGGCGAUUGCAUAUUUGACUAUGAUUAUAUUGUAUUAUUGGGAAGGUUGCUCAACUUUGGGAUAUUUUACACAAGGACUUCUCAUUGCCGCUUAUUACUGGGUGUUCAUACUGUGUGCUGAUUGCGUCUACCUCAUUCUAAACUAUAAGGCGGACCAAAAAAAUUUGACACGGUUAUGCAUUUACUCUUUGGGUUCCCUUAUUGUCAUCAUCUUUCCAAUUUUGGCAGCAAUUCUGUAUAAAAUUCCCAAUAUGCCGUCAGGCAUUAUACAAGUCACUAAAGGAAAUAAGUGUGAUAUUCAAGAGAACAAUGUGGUUUUCUUCACUGUACCGUGUGCUGCGUUUAUUAUACUUGCGUGCGCAUGUGUGUGUUAUAUGAAAUACAAAAUAUUACAAAUUGACAAAAGUGAAAACAAUUUAAAAAAUUAUGAAAUAUUGCUGAAAACUACAAAUAACGAUCCUUCACCAGUUGGAGUUAGUUACCCCAGAGUGACUCGACUUGAUAGUGAUCCUUCAGAUGACACAGAGUAUAGAUGGCAAACAACAAGACAACUGCAAAAUCCCGAAUUUUUUUACAGAAAUGAUGUCAGGGUGAUUCAAUGGGACCAGGACAAGAAAAAAUUCACUUUCAUGUGCCACUCUCAUUUGCUACUGACACUAACGAUGGCGUUCUUCUUAGUCAAUUCAUUCGAGGAACUUUCUUCAAGCACCCUUGGUGUUGUGGCGAGGGGGAUAACUGCAACUCAAGGUUUUAUUGUUGCAUGUGCGUUCUGCUUCAACUAUCGGAUAAGGAGGCAAAUUAAAAAACGCACAAAAUCACUACCUUAUUCCUAUAUCUUUUCGACUGCGUUUAAAUGUGGCAACUGUCGUAAUUGAGAUGAGAAAUGUUAAUGUUGUUUAUUUAUUUAAUUGGACAUUUUCUAAUUUGUAAUAUUCGUUAAUUUAAAUUUUGAUAUAAAGUAGGAUGUAGUUAAUUAUUCCGUGAAAUAUUGACGAUCGAAUUUGAAUUAUAAAACUGCUUUUUCUAAAUUUGAAUGUUGUUAAAUCUACAGUAUUUAUAAAAUAUUAUGUAUAUUUAUUUAAUUAUAUUCUUAUGUACUUUUAGAUUAAAUUAUUGAAUGUUAUUUGUAUUUUUAUAAAUAAUAAAUUUAAGUAU